CAACAACAACAGCAGUAGAGCAACUUGUGAAUCGCUUGGCGUUAACAUGUUCGCACAGUGCAACGGUAACGCCAACGAGUACAGUAGUCGAAACAGCCGCGUUAACAUUUGGGUGGUUGAAGGCGGCGCUGCCACGACAUAACGGUGGUAUGGAGAGUAAACACGACGCAACGCAGCGCACAGGUGGGAGAGUAGGAGCAUGCGCUGUGACUACGCCAGCGACAUUGACAGCAACAAUGACUGUGACGAGUGCGACUUAUGCUCUUACAACAACAACAGCUAGCAUAACAACAACACUGCGCUCCGACACUAACCAGAAUACAGCGAACGGCAAUGCUACCAACAGCCAUGACAGCCACACUCAGCAGGCGAGCUUUGACGAUGCCAGUGCCAGUGCCAGUGGCUGUGACAGCAGCAGCAUACAGCAAAGUGCCAGCGAUUUGCUUGGGGUGGUAAGGGACGUGACGAAAUCAACUUCGUCAUCGAUCGAAACGAGCUCACCACAACGAGUAACGAUUACGUGCACGAAGGACUACGGUAGUACGUGUGUGGCGCCAACGAAUGUGAUUCUCCCCACUGCAAACGACACAUUCCAACAGGCUGAGGACGUGACAGCGGCAAGGAGCAGCAUCACGAAAACCUUAAUACAGCAACAAACCAUUAAUCCAAGCGCAGGCCAUAGCAGCGAAAGCAACAGCAGCGAGAGUAGUGGCAGCGUCAGUAGGCGAACUAGUGAAAGCAGCUAUGAUGAAAGCAAUGUGGUGAAUGUGAAAGCACAUAGAAUAGUCAGCUUGGCCAGCAACGACAAGCACGACGAGGACAACGACAUACGAGUACGACGUGUGGCUGGAGCAGCAGCAGCUGAAAAAGCUGUAGCAGCUGAGAAGAAAUUUUCAUUAAAUUCUAGAAAAAAUUGGGAAAUUGUGAAAAAUUGCAAAUUAUUAAGCGCUGAGCAGCGACUAUGCGCUUUAGUGUAUAACGGUAUUGUAGCGAAUUGUGAAAAUCUAUUGUGUAGUGAAUUUGACGCCAAAGGCAGUGUUGAUAACAAAUAUUUAUGUAAUUUAAAUGAUUUGAAUGAGUGGUGUAUCUGUGAAGCGAAUUCGUUGAGGGGGGGCCAAAGACGAGGCUGUAGUGCGGCCAACCAAGCGAAGGGUGGCGAGCAAAACGACGAAGACGAUACAGCCACUGUGCGCAGCAAUAACGGUACCAGCGUUAGUAGCAUAGGCAGUGAACGUCGUAGUGGUGCCAAUGUCGAUACCAUAAAGGCCAUUCAUGAAAACAUUUCAGAAGUUACAGAAAGUAACAUUUGUCUAAAACGGGGUGAAACCCUAGCACUAGUAGGCAAAAAUUGUAGCACUGAUGCGAGGUGUAUAGAAGUGCAGGUCGACGAAAACAAGACUGAAUUAAAACCAAUUGUAAGCGCUAGAAUAGUUAAGCAUUCGAAUUUGAUUGAAGAAAUAACACCAGCGACAGCUGAGAAGCUCGACAAAGGUGGAUGUGAUAGGAGUUUCAAUACAGACAGGGUGGAUGAGGUUGAAAAUUUUGAGGAAUACUUUUCAUGCGAAUUGUCUACACUCGUUGCGGAUAAGACACAGCAACAAAUAGCGAAUGAAGAAUGCAAAGAAAGUGUGGUGAGUGUUAAUAAAAAAGAGCUUAGUGCAAGGAAAGCGAAACAAGAACAAAGUCAACAAGAGAAACAAGCCAAAGCAAGUGUAGAUAAAAUUGAAAAGUGUCAGCAACAAAGCGUGAUUUGCGCAAAUCAAUCUAAACAAAUAUUUUGUCAGCGAAUUACGAACAAAGGACAGUGUCAGACACAAAGCGAACCAGCAACCAGCUAUAAUACCAACAACAACAGUGGAAUAGGCACUGCUUACGAUUCAACGAAUACGCAACGAGCGCAACGAAUACAUAAUUCGCAACAGAACUUCAAAUUUAUCACUUCGAGCAGCGACCACGACCAGCGCCAUCAACAAAAGUCACAACAGCUACAACAGCUUCAACAGCCUGAAUGCGCGGCGGCCAAUGUUGCGCUCAUUGAAUACGCCAACAACGGUAACAGCAACAACAGCAACAACAACAACAACACCGACGACAACGAAUUAAUAGUAUAUAAAGUGAAUAAUGCGAAUGUAUAUGCCUUACGGGGGCGGGGUAUAACAGACGAAACCUUAGUGAGGCCACAGCUUACAAGUGGAAGUGCGUGGCAUAGUGAGGUAGCGCCGUGCGACGGGCGAGCGCAAAGCUACGAACAAUACGAACAACAGACGCAGCCGAAGAAAUACCAACAGAAGUGGUCGAACGAACCGUCGUGCACGGAGCAGGCACAAGUAGCACCAGAUUGCACCCAACACCGUUGUGAAGUUAUUAAUGAAAGCGAGACGGUCUACGCGACGACCAACAACCCUUCUGUGCAUACCACUGUAAUUAGCAGUCCAAUUGGGACAGCGACUGCGGGUGGUGAACCCCUACAAACGACGACGCCGACGACGUGCGACCAGAUAAGGCAGAGUUAUCACAAAGCGAGCGAAGAAGGCAAAAUAAGUGAUAAAAGUGAGGUGGUGCACAAAGCAGAGGCAGAGGUAUUAAGAGAAAAGUGUGAAGUGGAAAGGAAAAAAUACACAGAGAACUUAUUUAAGUGUGCAAUUUUUUCAAGUGGGCGCAACACUAGCGGCGCGGCACCAGAAAGUGUAAGUAAUGCACGAGAUAAGUGGCCAAAAGGACGCACUAACAACAACAACAACGACAACGACCACAGCACACAGGCAGGCGUUGAGGCACAAGUGGCUAAUGUUGCCAUAGAAGCUGGCGUAGCAAAGGAUGCGAAAGUGUUUAACGAGGCGAGAACGAUCAACACGCACUCAGCUUUCUUAGCUAAUCUGCCACUAAGCGAAAGUGACACACAACGGCUGGGGUGCUGCGACAAUUUAGUUCAAGUUGCUGCACAGCAAACUAUUGACGGCAAAGAGGAAACUAAAAGUGUGCAUAUUCCCUACGAGCAUAACAACUUUAGUGAGGAACAAAAGCCGAGCGCGGCGCUACAGCCGGCGGACGCGAAGCAAAUAUAUAGGCUAGAUGCAGAAAAAUAUGGGGAACAUGCGCCAGUAAAACCACAGCAAGACAAUGCAAAGUUAAGUGAGGCAGAUAAACUACUUGUGCAUAGACAAAACAUAGCCGAAGUUGGCGCCCCGCACGACGUCAGCGAUAAAGCAUACGUCGCCGAGACACAAAGUCACAAAGGAGCACUCUCACAGCGCGCACCCCCAUUUGGUGGUAGCGAUGAGUUCGCAGCUAGUCAACGUUUGCAACGCUUGCAACAACAUUUUCGUGGAUUGAUAUGCGUGACACGCAAUCAUUUAAAAGACGAAACUCCGCACGAGUACGACGAGGCACAUGCCAAUGCAGUGACGGCAGGUGUGAGCGAGCAGAACUUGCAGAGUAUACAAAAAAGUGCUGACGCCGACGACAACCACAACAAGGACGACGAGGACGCGCACGAGGACGAACGUGCAGUUUGUGUAUCGCAACAAGCAGACACCAACAACGAAGUGGUAGAAGCCUUGAAACACCGCAGCGAAGGCAAACAAUUCGAAGGUAAGCACAAAGGCUUAUUGGGAGACGACUCGGCGACGACGACGACGACGCAGCAGUGUGCUGCCAGACAGGCGACCAGCGCACCAACGAAGGAAAUACCAAAGAACAACAACAAUAGCAUAAGACAAACAAACGCAACUAAUAAAGCACAAGUGGUUGUGGCGACGACGGCAGUCAACGUUGCAAGUACAGCAAAAAUCAUAACAACAACACUUGCGGUUGGACAAAUUGCAGGUGGCACAAAGAAACGGUAUUGUGCUGGUGCAGUAAGGUCGCCAGUAAUUGUAACGACAAACGGAAAAGUUGCAGUCAUUGAAAAGCCAAGUGCAAUCCAAUUAACAGCAACGCAUUGCAACAACAGCAGUGCUGGUGACGUUACGUUAGCAGACAACAACAAUAAUCAGGCGUAUAAAAAUAAUUGCAAUCAACACAAUCAUAUUGAGGAGAUUAGCAACACUUUUGUGCAUUACAACAGCGACGAGUGCGCAGCAGCCACAGCGCACACAUUUCAAGAGUGCAAAAAGAGCAGCGAGCGAGAGCGAGAACCGACUGCGGCCGCGACAGAGGAGACGGAAGUCCACCGAACAGCUGUAUUCGCUAGCAAGCAACGAGUAGGUGCACUUGAUUCGCUGCCAGCGACUAGUGCUGGUGACAAACUAACGGCACACAAUACAAGCCCAACUGAGGUAAAAAUAACUGCCGACAACCAGGGGGAGGAGACAACAGAGGCAGUAGUGCAUAAAGUAGUGAUUGCGGCGAGUAGCGAAACAGCCACCCUAACGCAGGCAACAAAUGCGUGUGAGGCGAAUGCCAGCAGUGUUGUAACAACAACAAUCAGUGGUGCGGUGGAAACAAACAAUAACAAAAAUCGCGUGCCAAUAGUUGAAGGCGCGUCGACACGCCAUAAACAAGGUGGCACAACAGAUGCCACGGAUAGCGCAGCGUCACGCGAAACUGCACUGACCAACGCAACCGCAACGACAGCGACAACUGCUGCAACAAAUGCAAUUACAACAAUAACUACGACGAAAACUUUAACUAACUCGAAAUUGAGUGCGACGCCUUCGAGCUCAACAAAAACCACAAUAUUUGCGAACGCGCCGUGCCAGCGUUUAGCCCAGCAGCCGGUAGGCGAUUCGGAAACGCUAAAAACACACUCACCAAUAGCAGCAUCACCAGCAAGAUCACGUACACCAACACCACCACCACGUCCGCCACCACCGAAAGCGGCUUUAAGUUGUGGUCGGCUAAGCGCAUUCGUUGCCACAAAACCUAGAAAUCAGCAGCAUUUUCCAGCGACACCAGGACCUCUUUUCUACAACAACAGCAACGCUGACAAUACAAACAACAAUAGUUACAUUAAUAACUUUGAAUAUUACCUACCAAGCGUCAGCCAUACCGCCACCUAUCGGCCCAUAUACGCGCUGUAUCCGUUGGUGGGUCAUUCGACUUCCGAGUUUGAUGCACGCCGAUUGAGUGAUAUCAUCGGUGGCGUUGGUUACGUAGCAACAACAGCAAUAGCAACAAGUACAUUGCCGCCAUUGUCCGUUGGUGUGGACACAAAUCAAAAUCCGAAUUUCGUGCGCAACACACAGAAGUGUGAAUUCAAACGAAGCGGAGGCCAAGGUAGCGGCAGCGCCGGCCACAUUUACAGCAACUGUGUUAUACCGCCGUUACGCCCAAGCGCUGACAACGUAUUUGCAAAUUCUGUCGAUUUCGAAUGUUACGACGAAUUAUUCGACGAGGUGUCGUCCAUCGGUAUUGACGCGACGGCUGUGCAGCCGAACGCCGUGGUCAUUGUGAGCGCGGACAUUGAUACGAAUUCGAUUUGUGAUUGUGUGAAUUGUGUGCGCGAGCAAAAUGAAAAUAAUUUACUAAAAACCAACAAUAUUACCAGCAACAACAACAACGAUAGUAGUGUAAACAAUUUGUCAGUGAACAGUGAAAGCAAUUACACUCAUUUAAACCAAAGUGAAUCGUGCGCGUUCGACGUGACAAGAAGUCCCGAGAUUUGUGCGAGCAAAGCUCAUUUAAGUGCAAUAACAAAACAAACAAAUCCAAACGACAACCACAACCAAAUUAAAUACCAAAGCUUUAACAUCGACACCAACAAAAUGCGUGAAGUUAACGGUCAGUUGCGCGGUCUGCUCAAAAAACCGAAUCGUCCGCCGCCGGCGCGCAAGAAUCGUGUCGUCUUCGACGAGACACGCAAUGAGUUUUUCGAGGCGGAUUAUAUUAUUUUAAUACGUGAAGAUUGCGCCUACGACGAGGAGGACGAGGAGCCGUGCACAUGCGGCGAGCACGAAUUGGUGCGUCUGUGCUGUGAGGAGGGCUGCCAGUGUAAUUACUCGGCAGUGGGUGCCACCGUUGGCGGUGGAGGUGGUGUCGUUGUGACCGGGCCUGGCGAUGAUACGCGCACGCCGCAGAGUCCCAAAUAUGCGCCACCGAUUGAGUUCGUUGACGAGGCCGCACUAAGCCCACCCGACGGCUACAAGGACAAUGGCUUGAAGAAUUCGCUCGGCGGCGCGCUAAGCGGUCACAUUUUCGGUGCACAGCACAUUCAACAGCUGCAGGUCAUACAGCGAUUGCAGCAACAACGCGCCGCCAUGUUGGCUGCGCGCAACAACAAUCAGAUUCCGCCACCGCCGCCACCAGUUGGCAGUGCAACGCUCAGCCAACAUCAUCAACAUCAACAGCAACAACAGCAGCAACAAAUAGCGCAGCAAGCGCAACAACUCCACCAACAACAGCAACAACAUCAUCAACAGACGCAACAACAUUCGCCUGACGACGACUCGCUUGGCGUUUGCACCGAGUGCGCCGAAUGUGCUGAGUGCGCGGCCAAGCAGCUCCAGGAUACAGAAUGCACUUCGCCACAAUGCCAAGAGGAGCUCACCCCACUCGGCGUGUCGGCCGUUGCACUAUUGCCAUUACACACCAGUUCACCCGAACGUCGCAUCACACAGAAAGAAAUCAUCGCCGGCGAAGAGCGUCCCAAAUACGUUCUACAAUCGCAGUAUAAACCAUCGCCAGUAACGGAGCGGCGCAUUGUGCGUGAAGCCAGCGAGGACGUAACGGGUGCCACUGAUCUCUUGCCACCAGCAUUACCGGCCAAACCCGGUGCAAUUGUGGCCGCUGCUACGGGUCAGCCAAUGCCACCACAACAACAGCAGCAACAACAGCAACCACAACAGCCGUCAGCUGUGGGCGGUGAGGUGUUUGAUGAGGAGAAACCGCCACCCAUACCACCAAAAGAGUCGUCACCCACACAAAUUAGCGGUAUUCUGAAGGGCGGUAAAUUGUGGAAGCAGGAUUCAAUGUCACAGUCGGAUGAUCAAAAUAAUACGACAUCUGAAGAUGAGGGCGGCACUACAAAGCGUUCGGUACGCUUCGUUACUGAAGAUUUGGCUGGUGACGGCGAGGGUCAGACAACUGGCGACGCCGCUGAAGGGGAGAAUCAGAUAAACGAGCUCAUACCGAUCAAGAAACAUUCCACAUUAUUCAACAACGCAUUACGUCCCAAUUCCGCCGUACGCCAGUUGUUCCCAAGCGUCGCUCACCAAACACCGGUGCUGACUUCGGAAGCAUUACGCGCGUUCGACGAGUCUAAGCGUGCUGGUUGUUUGGUGCCAAAUCUGCCCGGCUGUGGUGAUACGGAUACCAUAAGACGUAGCAUUGAACGUAAUAUAUUGCGACGAUCGUUGAUCAAGAAAAAAGCUGUUAAAUCCGAUAUUUCACUCGAAGAACGUAUCAAACAGCUAACCUGUGACAUUGAUGAAACGAAUGAGGAUAGCGCUGCAGAGAACGGCGAUGAAGAAAGCUCGAAGCUGGCUGCGGAAGCCAAUUGUGAAUUAACACAUCGUGGCAGUCCCAUGGGUGAAGAAAACCCACAAAAGUUUGCUAACGGUAACAGCGAUAAGAGUUUCUCACCCAGUUCGUCGGUGUCGAGCUCAUCAAGCGGUUCCUCGGCCUACAAAAAGAUUUCUGACAUUUUCAACCGCGACAAGAAGCAAGACAAAAUACUGGAGAUGGAAGAAAAUCCAAUAGUAAUAAUACCUCAGGAAUGCCGUUGUCCGGCCGCACCCGAUCUUGGUAUGGGCAUACAAGUGCCCGUUGUUCACACUCAAAUACAUCGCACACCACCACGUCAAGUGGAGCCGAAACGCCAAUUCCUCUCCACUCUAGCACCGUUGACCGCCUGUGUGGCUGGCAACAAAGACGACUUAUCUUCCUAUUACACCCUGGCUGCUGCCCAUCACAGCGGCCAUGCGGCCAACAAUGCACAAUUUGCCGAAUUCAAUUUGGCCGGCGCCAAUUUAUGUGAACAAGUUGGCGUAACACCGGCUGGUGGUAUUGGUGGUGGUCCUGAUGAGGUACGCAAGGUGGCACCAGAUGUCAUUGCCGGCACACCGGGACAAGAGCAACAAGAUGAAUUGGCCGCAUUUGCACAGCAGGAGGCCAAUCGUACGGAAAAGAUUAAAAAGCGCUACACCAACGAGAACUCCAACAAUAGCUCUGAUGAUGAUGAGCAAAAUGAUUAUGGCUUUAAUAAGCGCCCAUCGGUGCGUGGCAUCAAACCGAAAUUCAGCUCCACCAAUGAGAUUUUACAGCAGAUGCAGGAGCAGUUGAAUCAGCAGAUGCCCAGCGUCGCAGUGGGGCAGCCCGUCAACCAAGCAAUCAAGAGCUACACGCUGCCAAAGCAGGCCUCAACCAGUUCCAUGACUAAGCAGAUCUCACAAAAUCCAUCUCCACAAAAUGUGCCACAUCCUGUAAAUGUUGUACAGCAGCAGCAGCAACAACAACAACAGCAACAGCAACAGCAACAACAACAGCAAAGCCAGCAGCAAAGCCAGCAGCAACAGCAAGCACAGCAGCCACAACCGCCUUCCCAGGUGAUGGUGGGCCAGCAACAGCAGCAGCCGCAACAACAACAACAGCAGCAACAAACACAAGCCGUUCAAAUGCAAGCCAACACAAUCGCCCAACAACAAACGGAACAACGCACCUGGAGUUUCUACACGGAAGGCGGUGCUGGCGAGCAGCAACGCUUGCCCAUCGAAGGUGCCGGCAUGCAGCAGGCCUACUACCAGACACUACCAGGCGGCGCUAUGUUCCGUCAAACGAUUAUGCAACAAGGUCAGGACGAGGCGGCAAUGAUGUAUGCAGCGCAAAAUUGCCAAAGUGUCACCGCCAUCGAACAACAACACUACGGCCAUUAUGCACGCAGUCCGACACGACGCCCGGAGUCACCGCCGCCACUGCGUAAUUACCAUCAAACAAUGGUGUUAAUACCGUACAACGCACAGACGUACUCACAAUUUGCCGCCAGCAAUAUAGACCCGAAGGUGGCGCACAUACAACGCCAAAAUAUACUGGAAUACCAACAGGUGACUCAGCAGACCAUACGCGUACCCAUCGGCUAUGCGCUGCCCGGCAUGCAACUGCACGUAAUGGCCGGACGCGGUCAUGCCGCACACUAUGCGCAACAUGCACAGCAAGCGGUGGGCGUUGAGGCUGCCACAGCCGCAGCAGCAGCCGCCCACCAACCGCAUCAACAUCCGCAUCCACCGCAUCCGCGCAUUAUGGCGCAGCGCUAUCAGUUCGCGCAGGAGGGCAAUAUACCCGGUUUCAGUGAGCGCGGUGUGCCUGAGGGCGCGGCAGCGGUGUCGCAUACCGAUUGUCACAGCAUGGUGUCACCAACCGCUAGUCAAGCGACAACUGUGCAACAACAAAUGCAACAACAACUGCAACAGCAGCAGCAAUUACAACAGCAACAACAAUUACAACAGCAGUUGCACCAGCAGCAGCAGCAGCAGCAACAACAACAACAGCAACCAGCACCACCGAAUGCGGUACAGCAACAACAAACUGCCGCAGCCGCCGCCGCCGCUCAAGGUUCCGUCUAUUAUGCAAUGAAUGUAUGACCCGCGGCCGAUUAGUCGGCACCAACGGCGGCGGUCAUUGUGGAGCGCCGUCAGUGUCAACGCGUCGAAAUGUCGUCGGUACAGCUGAGCACACGGUAAACUGCAAUGACGGGAGAUGGGUAAUUAUAAUAACGGUAAAAGUACGGGUAAUUGCUAGCGCACACACAAACACACACAUACAUGCAUUAUGUAUUAGCUGUGUGUGUUUGUCAGCGCCACCACAAUGCAGCGGGUUGAGGUUAUGUAUAUUAGCAUGAAAGCAUGCAUGUAAACAACAACAACAGCAACGAGGGAAUUUAAUUAGAAAUGAUUUAGAGUUAUUAGUCAUAGUGAAGUGAACAUUUAUGAAUGGAUUACAUAAUAUACUAGUAUAUAUAUAUAUGUAGGUCUGCAUAAAUAUGUACUUACUUUAGAUUUUAAAUAUACAUAUGUAUGUAUUUAUGUAUAAACAAAGUAACGGCGGUACUGGUCAGCUGAUGAACGUGUCAUAUUCCAUUAGAAAUGAAAGCUUCCAAUUAAUUGCAAAUUGAUGACAGCAAUUUUUAGAAGUAAUUAAUAACAGAAUGUUUUUAAAAUGCUAAAACUGUAAAAGUACACUGGGCAACAACAUUUUUAUUUUUUGAUAAUUACUGCUGUUUACUUAUAUACUGAGCUUAUGCAACAGCGCGACUUUCAUACCCUGUACAAGGUAUAUUAAGCUUGCAACGAAAUUUGUAUAAAUAAUCAGCGUAACGAGCUGAGUCGCUUUAGCCGUAAACGUCUGUCUGCUUAUACUAGAACUAGUUCCUCUGAAAUUUUGUACAUCUUCUUUUCGCUUCAAGGAACAGCUCAUUGGGCCAAAUUUUUGUACGGAAAACUUUUUUAUUCGACAAAUUGAAAAUUCACGAAAUUUGGCACGGAUUAUUAUCCAAGGCAGGGCUACAAUCUCUGAACAUAUUGUUGAGAUCGGCCCACUAUAUCAUAUAGCCACCAUAUAAACUGACCGAUCAAAAUCAGGAUAAAGAUAUUUUUAUGUUACAAGAAUUGCAUCUGCGAUAGGUAUUAUAGUUUCGAGGCAGCGGAAGUAAAUUUUUUUUCUUUGGUAUAUAUAUGCUUUAACAAGCUCAUAAACAAGGUCUGAAAGCUUUUUCCAUUAAAAAUGAGUUUAAGAAACAAAUUAACAUCCGGUUCAUAUAUACAUUAAUAUAGUCCAAAAAGCAAAGACCCAACGAUUCUAUGGUUCCAUAAGUCAUAUUUUUUGAAUAAAGGAAUAAGUUGUCGAGAAAACAUUUUUUUCGGAUCACAAUUUCAUUGAUAUGGUUAGAGAGGUUCUAAUAUUUUUUUAAGUUUUUUUGAUAAAAUAUUUAUCUUAAGUCCAACAGCGUCGAAUUUGAACGCCGUGCUGGCUAACUGACAUCACCAAGGUAGCUGCAUUAUGACGUGCCGUGCUGAGUUAAAAAAUCCAUGUCUUCAAUUUCUGUCCACAACAAAUUAUAUGUCAUGUCGCUCAGCAGUCAGACCUAUUUGAGACUUAAUUAAAUCAGUUAUAUUUUAAUCCAGAUUAAGAAUCAGCUACUCUGCCUCCAAGCAAUAUUUAUGUCGCCUAACCUCAAUAUAUAAGAACGAAACAGUAAUACAGAAACAUUAUUUUUUGUUGUUGCAUAGUAACAAAUAUUUCUAAAAUAUGUAAAGAAUUGGCAAGAAUUCGAAAAACGAAAAUGAUCAGAGUAAUUGGUCGAUCCAAAAACAAAACGCACAUAAAUAAAAUACUCAUUAAAAGAGGCAACAAUAGCAAAAGUGCAAUUUCAAACAAUAAUGACAUACAAAAACAACAAUGUUUUUAUACCAAAAUUUAAGUGGCAAAUAUUAAGCAGAGACAACAUUAUUGAAAUCAAACAAAAAAAUAAUAACAAAAUAAAAACAAAAAUUAAUUAUAAUUAAAAAAAAAAUAUAAUAUAUAAUAAAAAAAAUAUAUAAGGAAGUCAACACAUACUUUACAUAAUUAUAUUAAUAAUGUAGUGUUAUAAAUAUAUGUAUAACUAAAUAUACUAAUGUAUGUGUGUAAUAUGUGUUUUAAGGUAGUCAUUACAUAAAUAUUUAUUUAUUUAAGUUGAAGUUAAGAAUGAAUUUUAAACAUUGGAAAUGUUGUCGGUUGAUUGCAAUUAUUUUACUCUUUUAACAAGCUCCGUCAGGUAAUUUUUAUUAAAUAUUGUAAAUAUUAAAAUAAUUGUAAUUAUUAUAUUCAUAUGGACGAAAUAUUGCAGGAAACUACCAGAAAACUGUUCAGUCUUCUUACUUGGUACUUGAUUAGUUUAAACUACUUGCAUACGAUUAAAAGUGCAUACAUAUGUACAUACAUAUAGCUAUUAAUAACAUAUUUUUGUAUGUACAUUUCCUUAGCAUCACACCGUACUGGUAUUAUUAUGGUAGUUUAAUUCUAGUUGUUGGCUCAUAAUUUUGCGCAUACUUUUUGCUUUGGAAAUUUACUGCUUUAUAAAAUAGCAAAUUGAGCUUCCCACAAUUAUACAUACGUAUGUAUAAGUGUAUUUCCAAAUAUUCCAAAGCGUAAAAUAUUGUAUGUGUAAUGUUUUUUUUUCUUUUAAAAUGCUACAGAGCAUUUUUUUCUCUAGGGUAUGGAUGAAAUCAAGUUUUGCUGCACAUACUCUCAAUAAUAUGGAACCAACCGAAAUGUUCUAACAUGAAAGAUUUCUAAAAAAAUUUAUGUGAUGAAAAUAUUUUAAAAGUGAAAAUACUUUAACAAUUUUCAAGAAUUAAGUUUUUUAAGCGAGUAGCAACCCUUCUCUGAAUCUUCGACAAAAUUUUUUCCAAAGGCGUUUAGUGUGAUGCGCAUGUUCCAUUAGUUCAUAUCUUUUGAACCUCUUUAGUCAUCUGUGACGUAAUACAAUUUUUAUAGAGUUGCCACCUUUCCCAAAAAUAUUUUCAAAUUUUCUUUUGUGUUUCUUCUUUUUGAUGUCCAUAUUGUAGCAUUUUUUUAUUAUCAAUAUUUUGAAAUCAUAAGAAUAGGUGGCAGUUACUCAGAAAUAUCUGUAGCAGAAAUUUACUCGAACGUUUUAAUUUAAGGCAUAUAAUGUAAGAUUUCAUUUAACGAAUUAAUUUUUGAUUAUUAAUUUUAACAGCUGGUAACCCUUCCCAAAAAUAUUUUCAUAUAUAAGCUUUCUUGUGCCUCUACUGUUUGACCUAUAUUGUGGCAUUUUUUUCAUAUUAAUAUUUUGAGGUAUUAUGAAAAUAGGUGGCAAAGCUUAUCAGAUAUACCUCUAGCAAAAAUUUUCUCAAAACGUUUUAAUUUGGCGCAUAUGAUGUUAUUUAACAUUUAACGUGUUAUUUUAAUUGAUUUUUAAAAUUUUAUUAGUUGGCAACUCUUCCAAAAAAUAUUUUCAACUGCAAAAUAUCUUAAAACAUCUAAGUUUAUGUUAUUUUUUUCGUUUUAUUCAUAUUUUUUAAGUUAACAUUUUCAAACAGGUGGCAUCCCUGUUUUUUUUUGCAUAAAUACAUUAGAAUUUAGUUGUAAAAAUCCAAAAAAAAUGUACUCGAAUUGAUUGCGCCUUCAAAAAGUUAAAUUAAAUUUUUUGAUUUAGAAAUAUAAACAACUUUUCACAUAAACAGUCCACAUUUAAAGAAAGAAACUUGAUUUCAUCAAACCCCAAUUAAUUAUCGAACACUGUUAUCUUUCAAAAGCAAUCAAGACGCUUCUAAUGUUUGUAAAUAUGUCUCAAGAACGUAAUUACGAUUAGUUUAAGGUCAAAUCGGCUUUCAGUAAAUACAUACAUACAGUCCACUGUGGGUGCUACAGUUCUAUAAUAAGUGUAAUCAAAGAAAAAUUAAGUCUAGCAGAUUUUAUUGCUCAAAAGUAUUAAAUCCAAUUAGUUUAGUACUAGUAUUAUUGCAUAAUAUAA